GAGACAGGCAGGAAGUGCGGUUCGAAAUCGAAAAAACUAAUUCUGCUGCCUUUUAAGAUAUCUUAGAAUUCCCAAAUAACGGUCAUUUUUGGAGGCAGCAUCGACGCACACUUCAUGCUCCCUCCUACCCAUAAUCCCUUGCGGCAACGUCUGAAACAGCUGUGAAAGAGCCCUCUCCAUGGCCAGUUGGCUGUACUUCCUGGUCCCAGCGUUGGGGGGCUACAGCGUGGCGUCUUACUUCCUGCUCAAGAAUCCACACGUCCUCCACCGCAGGAAACACAAGGCCUUCACCUGCACACACAUCUCACACCGCGGGGGAUGUGGAGAGAGAAUAGAGAGCACAAUGGAGGCUUUUACACAUGCGGUAGAUCAGGGGACUGAGAUGUUGGAGCUGGACUGUCACCUGACCAAGGAUGGCCACGUGGUCGUGUCACAUGACGAGAACCUGCUGAGGCAAACAGGACAUGAUGUCACCAUCUCCUCACUCAACUUCCAGGAGCUUCCCCUCUAUAAAGAGAGACUAGAGGUCACCUUCAAAACAGGUGAAUUCAGCUCGGGGUCGGACAGGAAGUUCACUCUUCUGGAGGAGGUGUUCCGGAGGUUUCCCCAGAUGCCUGUAAACAUCGAAGUCAAGGAGAACAACCCCGUUCUGAUUGACAAGGUGUCGGUGUUGGUGAAACAAUAUGACAGAGAGCAGCUCACCGUCUGGGCCACAACAAGCUCCGGGAUCAUGAAGCUCUGCAGAGACACGAACUCCUCUAUGCCCUACAUGUUCACAGUAUCUCGGGGACUUCAGCUCCUUCUGUUGUUCUACUGCGGACUCCUGCCCUUCGUCCCUCUCGGAGAGAGCUUCCUCCAAUUCUACCUGCCACGCAUCUUCAACAGGACAUUCCUACCAGAAUCUAGGAUUCUGCGAAACAAGGUGGUGGUGUCUCUGAUUGAAAAGCUGACCAUGAGGAAGAGUUUGUUUGACCAUCUUGUCAAACGGGGGAUACAGGUCCAUCUGUUUGUGUGUAACACAGAUGAUGACAUCGCUGCUGCGUUUGCUGCUGGAGCCACUGGUGUCAUGUCCGACUACCCAACGCUCCUCGCCAACUACUUACACACACACACACACACACACACAUACACAGAGCCUACCCAACGCUCCUCGCCAACUACUUACACACACACACACACACUCACACACACACACACACAUAGAUCCUACCCAACGCUCCUCACCAACUACUUACACACACACACACACUCACACACACAUACACAUAGAGCCUACCCAACACUCCUCGCCAACUACUUACACACACACUCACCCAUGCUCAUAACAUCCACGCUCAUAACACACUGCUUACAGACACACCCAGACCUACGGUGCACAUAACACACACACACACCUUCACACACACAGAGCCUACCCAACUCCUCGCAAACUACUUACACACACACACACACACACACACACACAGAGCCUAACCAAUGCUCCUUGCAAACUACUUACACACACACAGCUACAGCAUACACCCACUUAAUAAACUUUCCUUCUUUAGACAAACACACCAGCCUGCUGUCGUUGAGUUACACAGAGGAGGAAUGGGACACACACACACACAUACACAUAUACACACACGCACACACUCACACACGCAACACACACUAACUAAUUCUAUGGUGUGUUUUCAUGACACAUACACACACACACACACUAAUUCUAUGCUGUGUUUUCAUGACACACACAUACACACACACUAAUUCUAUUGUGUGUU